AUGAAGGCUGCAUUUGCGCUUCUGGGCCUGGUCGGGGCAGUCAUGGCUGGCUACAAGCACGGCGACGUAGUGACCAAGACCACCGUUAUCGAGGUCGUAUACACUACUGUCUGUCCUGUAACUGAGACUGUGCACAAACCUGGCCAUACCUACACUACUACCUUCACUACCACUUCCGCCGUGUACACCAAGGUCCCUACUGUCAUCUAUGAGACCGUGCAUGGGCCGGCCGUCACCGAGACUGCCAAAGAGCUCGUCUACCAGACUCAUACCAAGCUCAUUCCUGUCACCGAAGUGAAGACCAUCGAUGGCAACACCGUGACUGUCACCUACACCAAGACCAAGGCCGCUGUUACCGAGGUCCCUGUGACAGAUACAGUCUACACCACGAUGCAGACUACUGUCCAUGAAAAGACAGACGUAUAUGUUACCACGACCUGCCCGGUCACCACCUACACCACUGUCGUUCAGGGAGAGACCCAUGUCAUCACGGCAACCAACACCAAGACCAUCACGGUUACGUCGGCUCAUGUGGUGACUGAGGUUCAACCCAUAACCAAGACUCACUACAAGGAUGAGACCGUCGAGGUUGUCGUUCCCGGCACCUCGAUUGUUAUCCAGCGGCCCACUCACUACGUUACAGUUGGCAACACACUUACAGCCACCCGCGAGGGACCCCCUGUCACGCUGGUCAGCCCCACAACCCUGACCACGCAGGCUCCGGUCACUUCCGCACAGGCUCCGGUGACCACCUCACCUGUCCCCGCUGCAGCGGCCGAUGCCAGCAACUCCCCCAUAAUGGCCCUGGUAGCUGGGAUUAUCGGUGUCAUUGCCCUCAUUUAA